AUCUGCUUUCUCCAUAAGUUUAGGUUCGUGCACUUCCGAAACUUGAAAAUCAUGCCAAUCUCAGUGUUUCAAAUCCUUUUGUUUCUGGUUUCCCUCACGUUACAAGCAUCAGGAACUGCACCUAGACUUGCAAAGCCUAACUGUACUGAAACGUGCGGGGACGUCACCAUUCCCUUCCCCUUUGGAAUAGGAGCCCGGUGUUUCUUGGACGAUUGGUACCAGAUCGUCUGCGAACAAAACAACGCGGUUCCCAUUCUAAAGAAGAUUGGAUUGCGAGUUCUCAACAUUUCACUCCCCGAUGCAUACGUGGAUGGCAUGAUCAAUGUUAGUCUUCCUGUAAUUUCCUCAAAUCCAAACUGCAGUGGCAGUGGAUUUGGUGUGCCGGUGAGCUUUGAAGGAGGUCCAUUUGUCUUCUCCCGGACAAGGAAUGUCUUUACAUUCGUCGGUUGCAACACCCUGGCGACAGUGAUUAGUACAGAAUCAGCUGUUGUCGGUUGCUGGUCGAAAUGUGAUGGAACCAACACCAGCAUUAGCCAGGAUAGUGCUUGUUCUGGGGGGGACGGCUGCUGCCAGACUAAGCUCCCCCUUAACCUUCAGGGCUUUAGUGUGGAUUUCAAAGAAGAAGGUGAACAUCAGGGGUGCAAGUACGCUUUCUUGAGGUCUGACUUUACAGGUUUAUAUGAUUUGAGAUAUAAUAAGACGGUUCCGGUGGUGCUGGAAUGGGGGAUUGCGAACAAUACUGAAUAUGGACGUAAGCUUAUCAAGCAGUCAAAGACAUCUUAUCCUUCCUUGUGUAGCAGAUACGGGGACGACCAAAGUGAAAUGCUAUUUACGCAGUGCUAUUGCACGCGGUGCUCUUCCGCGCGGCAGUAUGGUUGUAACCCAUAUCUUAUUGAAGGAUGCACAGGAUCUGCACCUGGACCUCCAAGAGCUCCACCUGGACCUCCAAGACGUGACUGUAAUGAAACAUGCGGGAAGGUCACCAUUCCCUUCCCCUUCGGAAUAGGAGCCGGGUGUUUCUUGGAUGACUGGUACAAGAUCGACUGCCAACAAAACACGAUUCCCAUACUAAAUAAGAUUGGAGUGCGAGUUCUCAACAUUUCCCUCCCUGAGGUAGACUUGCCUGGCAUGAUUAACAUUAGUCUUCCUGUAAUUUACUCAAAUGCAAGCUGUGGGGUUGACGGACGUGGUGCAGCGGUAAGCUUAAAAGGAAGUCGAUUUGUCUUCUCCCGUACAAGGAACGUCUUUACAUUGGUCGGUUGCAACACCCAGGCGACAGUGAAUAGUACAGAAUCAGCUGUUGUCGGUUGCCGGUCGAAAUGUGCUGGAACCAACUUCAACAUUAGCAAGUACAGUGCUUGUUCCGGGAGGGACGGAUGCUGCCAGACUAAGCUCCCCUUGAACCUUCAGGGCUUUAGCGUGGAUUUCAAAGAAGAAGGUGGACAUCAGGGGUGCAAGUACGCUUUCUUGACGUCUGAUUUUACAGGUGUAUAUGAUUUGAGAUCGAGUGAUACGGUUCCAGUAGUGCUGUUGUGGGGGAUUGCGAACAAUACCAACUAUGCACUUGAACUUAUCCAGCAAGAUUACAACGCAAAAUACAACUCAAGCUAUAGUACUCCUUUCGCCUGUAGCAGAGACUGCAUCGACAGCAGAGACUGCGUCGACAACAGUGAAAUGCUAUUUACACGGUGCUACUGCGGACGGGGGUAUGGUGGCAACCCCUAUGUUAUUGGAGGAUGCCAAGAUAUUAAUGAAUGUGAAGAUCCAAAUAUGUGCUCCGGGACUUGCGUGAACAAACAGGGCUCAUAUGAUUGCGUCAAUGGUAGAAAGACAGCUAAAUUCAUUCUUAUUGGGGUUGGAGCUGGCCUUGGGGCACUAUUUUUGUGUCUUGUCUUAUGGGGGUUGUACAAAUACAUCAAGAAGAGAAAAGAAAUAAAGCUCAAAGAGAAGUACUUCAAACGCAAUGGUGGUCUUUUGUUGGAAAGUGAGCUAUCUUCAGCCGAAGGCAAUGUCGAGAAAAACAAAUUGUUCAACUCCAAGGAUCUAGAGAAGGCCACUGACAAUUUCAACGAGGAUAGGAUACUCGGGCAAGGUGGACAGGGUACUGUUUACAAGGGAAUGUUAACAGAUGGAAAAAUAGUUGCGAUUAAGAAAUCGAAAGCGAUAUACGAGGGCCAAGUCGAACAGUUCAUAAAUGAAGUCCUCAUUCUCUCACAAAUCAACCAUAGGAAUGUGGUUAAGUUAUUGGGGUGUUGCUUGGAGACGGAAGUCCCGCUUUUAGUAUAUGAGUUUAUACCAAACGGGACUCUAUACCAAUAUCUGCAUGACCCAAAUGAAGAGUUUCGUGUAUCAUGGGACACACGUCUACGAAUUGCAACUGAAAUUGCCGGAGCCUUAUUCUACUUGCAUUCAGCAGCCUCUAUUCCCAUUUAUCAUCGAGACAUCAAGUCCACCAAUAUCCUCUUGGAUGAGAAAUAUCGGGCAAAAGUGGCAGAUUUCGGUACUUCCAAAUCCGUUUCCCUCGAUCAAACUCAUGUGACCACAUUGGUGCAGGGGACUUUCGGCUACCUAGAUCCCGAGUAUUUCCAAUCAAGUCAAUUUACAGACAAAAGUGAUGUGUACAGCUUUGGAGUUGUCCUUGUUGAACUAUUAACAGGACAAAAGCCAAUCUCGUCGCUGAGGGAACAAGAAGGAAGAAGCCUGGCGACCUAUUUCAUAAUUUCAAUGGAGGAGAAUCGCUUGUUCGACAUUGUCGAUGCUCAAGUUUUGAAAGAAGGUAAGAAGGAAGAGAUUGCAUCAAUUGCUAACCUUGCGAAAAGAUGCUUGAACUUGAAUGGGAGGAACCGGCCUACAAUGAAAGAAGUGGCACUGGAGUUGGAGGGGAUAAGGAAGCUCCAAAACCCUUCGAGUAUUCAGCAAAAUCAAGAGGACCGUGAGGCGAUUGAAUCUUAUACUGCUGCUUUUAAAUCUAGCAAGGCAAACAUCGACCCUGAUGUCAUUACAUUUUCGGAUGUGCAGCCAUUCUUACCUAGUGAGACGUGGUGAAGAUCCAUUUUGCCUCUUACUCUUGUGAGUCAUAUUGCUCUGUUUGUAAUGGAAAUCGGUUUUCCCCUUUAGAGCAAAAGAAAAAGAAAAGAGAAAAGGGAGGAAAACUUGUUAGUUUACCGAUAGGAGGAUUUUGGUUAGUAAUUUAUUGGUAAUGAACUUAUUCUCUGUGUUCGGGAUCAAAAAACUGUGAAGUCGUACCAAUCCCAAGUUUAUUUAGGUCCUGUAAUUAGCUAGACAUUAUGUUACCCGUGUAUGUGCCAAUUUGGAAAUACUAUGCAAAUUGCAAUCAUCCAGCUCCAGCAUGAUGCAAUGACUUUAGUUCA